CCUUCCAACCCACCAAUGCCAGCCGAUACACAUAUCCUGCAUCAUGGCUCUGCGAUCCUUCAACCCGCAAACUUACCUUGAAGGUUACUCGUCAGAAAAUGAUACACCAAUCGUCGAUUCCCCCACUCAAACCUUCUCAUCCACCCUCCAACGCACCUUUGACAUCCCCCAAAACGACACAUACACUUACCGCGCCCAAGGCGAGACAUCCCUUCCCACCGCCCAGAAAGCCAUUGGUGGAAAACGCGUGCAUGGGUUGCACAACUGGUAUCAUACGCCCUCUGGGGAAGCCGUAUCCUCGCCCUCACCACAUCCACUGCCCGCGGAGAUCAUCGCCUACACGACCCUUUUCUCCCCUUCCGUAUCACCACUCAAAGCUUUGAAUGCCUUCAAAGCCAGUGCAAAAUCAGCUUCUCUGCAAUUGGAAAUAUCCUCUCAUCUCCUCAGCCGCUUCCACAACUCCUCCACCGUGAGCGGUCUCCUCCCGUCCAAGAAAUCUCGCAACCAUACCAACCCGUAUCUCGAUAUGUGGUCGUACGCGUGCCAUGAACUCGAAUGGUGCGGUCCCUGGCCAAAUACUGUAUAUACAAAACAGGCCCAUCAUAUGCUUCCAGUGCUGUACCACCACUUCGGUUGCGUGGUCCCCAGCUACGCCGCCCUGCACGUCCUUGCGAAACUCGCGCAGCCUGCCCGACCAUCCAAGGAGAAUGUGAGGCCAGUAUACGACGUGGGCAGUGGGAAUGGAUACUGGACUUUCAUGCUGAGGAAUCUUGUGUUACCCGAGAUGAAGGCGUUGGAUGUACGCCCCGUCGACAACGGCACAAGUGAGUACCGCAUCAUGUGGGUCAACGAUACAAUCCAAAAAGAUGGCCUAACGUAUCUCGGCGAGCAUGAGGAUGGAAAGGGCGCGAUUCUGUUGCUCGUCUACCCUCAAGCGACUGGCAAUUUCACGGCUCCGGUAAUAAGAAAAUUCAAGGGCGACUUCAUCGUUGUGGCAGGGACGCAAAACGGGAACGGAUUUACAGGAUUCCAAGACUGCGUAGUAGAUGAAUGGGUCGAGAAGAAUCUGAAAGCUUUCGAGCUGACACUUCGAUUGCCGUUGCCCAGUUUUCCGGGCAAAGAUGAAGCGCUUUUUGUGUUCCAGCGACGAAUUGGGAACACGUAG